UCCUUUUACCCGUACUUUCCAUCUUCCUUCUUACAGAUUUACUCACUCACAGUAGGGGAGAGAGAGAGAGAGAGAGGGAACGAUUGUGAUAUUAUAUAUACACACACAUAGUAGUAAAACAGAGAGUAUAUGCCCAAAAGCUCAAAAGGGUUUCUUUUGCUUAUUUCUCUGAAAACUCAGGCUUCUCAGCUCAUAAUCCAAGAUAGGCUUCCUUCUCAUUCUUCUUGUUCUUGUUUUUUCUUUUUCUUAUCCUCCUCUUUAAAUGCCCGGUUCAUGGUUUUUUGAGCACUGCAUGUGAGUUUUGAUGUCUAUGCCAGUUGUGGAACAUGAUUACAUAGGCUUGUCAGAGGUUCCUCCGAUGGAAAACUCUGAUAAACAUUACAACAGAAAGAAUGGUCUCAACUUCAAGGCCACCGAGUUGAGACUUGGGUUACCCGGGUCCGAGUCACCAUCCAGGAAUGGUGAUAAUGAUGAUGAUGAUAGAAAUGGGGACCUGGUAGUGCUGUCCCUGAAGAGCUAUGCAGUGUCAGGGGCUAAAAGGGGUUUCUCUGACACCAUUUUUGAUGGUGCUGGAGGGUCUGCCAAGUGGGUCAUCUCCUCUGGAUCUGAAGCUGCUGCUGUUGAUUUGGCCGGUAAAGGUUCUUCUGUCGGCGGUUGUGGUGGCGUAUUGUUCUCUCCUAGAGUUGCAGGUAAGGCUGUUGCUGGGUCGGACUCGGGUCCUGUUGUGAAGGAUGAUGCGGUACCUCAGUCACCUAAGCCACUUGGAUUGGGGCAGGAGAAGAAGAAGGCUCAGGUUGCUGGUACUGGUGGCCCUGCUGUUGCUCCUGCUUCAAAAGCACAAGUCGUAGGAUGGCCACCAAUUCGUUCUUUCCGGAAGAAUACUAUGGCUUCCCACCCUCCCAAGACUAACGAGGAUGCGGAGGCAAAAUUGGGAUUUGGGUGUCUGUAUGUCAAGGUCAGCAUGGAUGGCGCCCCCUACUUGAGGAAAGUUGAUCUAAAAACCUACUGUAGCUACAUGGAUCUUUCGUCUGCAUUGGAGAAGAUGUUCAGCUGUUUUACAAUUGGCCAGUGUGGUUCUCAUGGAGUACCAGGUCGAGAUGGAUUGAGUGAGAAUCGAUUAAUGGAUCUCCUGCAUGGUUCUGAAUAUGUACUUACCUAUGAAGAUAAAGAUGGUGACUGGAUGCUGGUCGGUGAUGUUCCAUUUGAGUAAGUGCUUUAUAAACUC